AUGUCCGUUUCAGGCGAGAAACAGUCAACGACUGUUGAUUCUUCCUCGGACCAUGAAGUCGAAAAGGUUGAGUUUCAGCAGACGGAGAAGGUCCUUGACGAUGCCGAUCUUUUGAAUGAAGCCUUUGCGGGUGAGAAUAAGGAGCAUGAGAUGGGUGCAUGGGAGGCGGCUAAGAAACAUCCUUGGGCCUGUUUGUGGGCGUUUACGAUGUGUUUUACUAUUGUUAUGGAAUCCUUCGACAUGUUCCUAAAUGGAAACUUCGUCGCCUUGGGUGCUUUCCAAAGGAAAUUCGGUAUCCCCCUUGGUGAUGGCUAUGUCAUUCCCACUCGCUGGCAAAGCGCCCUCUUCCAAUCCGGUCAAUGUGGUGCUUUCGUUGGUGUGUUCGCCGCUGGCCCUAUCACCAACAGACUCGGAUACCGUUGGACUACUGUCUUGGCUCUGGUCCUGAUGAAUGCUACUAUUUUCGUUUCUUUCUUUGCCGACUCCCUCACACUUCUGGUCGUUGGCCAAGCACUUGAAGGUGUGCCCUGGGGUCUGCUAAUUUCCAACAGUCCUGCAUAUGCCAGUGAGAUUGUCCCUCUCUCCCUGAGAGGUGCUUGCACGGCCACGCUGCAAAUGUCGUGGUCCAUUGGUUCGAUCAUCGUCGCGGCCGUUACUUACGGCUACAACAAGCGUGACGAUGAAUGGUCCUGGCGUGUUCCCCUUGCUCUGCAGUGGAUUUUCCCCACCCCCCUCAUGAUCCUCCUCUUCCUCGCCCCAGAGUCCCCCUGGUGGCUCAUCCGCCGUGGGCGCAAGGCAGAAGCGCUCCGCAGCAUUGAACGUCUUGGUGACGGUAAUUCCGAGACCGCGUCACAGUCUCUAGCCAUGAUGGAGCGUACCGUCCAGAUCGAAGCCCAGAUAGGCGGUUCCCCGUCUCUUCUGGAGCUCUUCAAGGGCACUGAUCUCCGCCGUACGACGAUCACCUGUCUCAUCUAUGCCUCGCAAAACUUUGCGGGCAACUUGAUCGCUAACCAAUCUACAUUCUUCUUCGAGCAAGCCGGAAUCUCCCCCGACAAAUCCUUCCAAUUGAAUCUCAUCAACUCCUGCCUCCAAUUGGUCGCCAAUGCCCUCUCCUGGUUCCUAAUCCCCUACUUCGGCCGCCGCACAAUCUACCUCUGGGGCACAGCCACGAACGUCACCUUUCUCUUCCUCCUCGGCAUAAUCGCCUCCAUCCCCCAAAACAACGCUACAAACUACGCCCAAGCCAUUCUGGGCAUAGUUAUCUCCUUCGUUUUCGCGGGUAGCCUAGGUCCUAUCUCCUACACGAUCAUCUCCGAGACUAGUUCCGUGCGGUUACGUGCGCUUAGCACUGGUGUCGGUCGUGCGGCGUACUACAUUGCUGAGAUUCCAAUGAUCUAUCUCGCGUCGCAGAUGCUGAAUGGUACCGGGUGGAAUAUGGCGGGCAAGUGCGGUUAUGUUUGGGGUGGUACGGCUAUCGUGUGCUGGGUUAUGGCUUACUUCUUCUUGCCGGAGUUGAAGGAUCGGUCGUAUCGUGAGGCAGAUAUUUUGUUUAACCGGAAGGUGCCGGCGAGGAAGUUUAAGGGUACUGUUAUUGAUGUUCGGGAGAAUAAGUAG